AUGAUUUCUUUCGUUUUCAGUUGUGUUGUGCGUUGCAUCCAAUUAUUUUACCGAUAUACUGUGAAAAUGUUUGGUUGUUGCGGGAAAUCCCUGAUUCGUGUUAACGGCAGGAAUUUCACCAUCAAGGAGACUAUAGGAGAAGGAGGCUUCAGCACCGUUUACCUUGUUGAAGAUAAGAAGUCAAAAAGUCUCUAUGCAAUCAAAGAAACUGUAUGUCACUCGGAUGGGGAUGAGAAAGCAGCUGUUGAUGAAGCGCGGAUCCUGGAGAGAUUUGACCAUCCCAACAUUGUAAAAUGCGUUGAUUACGGUGUACUUGGUCACGCAGGAGAAAGCUCUCACGCCACCAGUAAAGUGUACCUUGUGAUGCCUUAUUUUCCUAGAGGCAGUCUGUUGAAGGAAUUGGAGAAGCGACAGAAAACUAGAAGUCACCACAGUGAGGCUUUCGUGAUAGCUACUUUUCGAAAAAUCUGUGAAGGUGUAAACGCAAUACAUUCAUUGCGUCCUGAGGCUCUCGCACAUCGCGAUUUGAAACCGGGAAACAUAAUGUUCGAUCACAACUUCACUCCAAUCAUCAUUGACUUCGGAUCGGCGGACAAGGCGGUGGUGAACAUUUCAACUGGACGUCAAGCCCGUAUGUUGGAAGAUUCCGCAGCCGAAAAAUGUACCAUGCCUUACCGUGCUCCUGAGCUGUUCAUGUCAGAUUUGUCUCCUGUCAUAGAUCAACAAUCAGCAGGAAUGAGGAUUCUUCCACUCAUCGCCGCUAAUGCCACACUGUCUCCACGACGAACGACAGCGUCAAAAGGCGAUUCAAAGAAGCACAUGUCAGAUUUGUCUCCUGUCAUAGAUCAACGUACUGAUGUUUGGUCCUUGGGAUGUAUCCUGUACGCCAUGUGCUUCUUUGAAUCGCCUUUUGACGCUGUCGUUCGUCGUGGAGACAGUGUGGCAUUAGCGGUGAUGAGUGGAAGAAUCCUCAUUCCUGCUGAUUCUGUUUAUUCAAAAGAAGUGCAUGACCUGAUAUUGUGGCUACUCAAAACGAAACCUGAGGAUCGACCUUUCGUCGACCAGUUGUUGCAGGCCGUACGUCGAAUGGAGCGGAGGGCAAGUAUGCCCAUAUAGCAAACACAGAAGACGGUUGGUAGUCGAUGGUUAUCGAACAUGUACUGCUACUCCUUGGCUGGGCCUUAUUGAAGUGAUCAGUUUUGUUGUUCUGUUUUUGUCGGGAACGUUUUUCAUGUUCUCGCGGACGCUUGAUUUCCGUUGGGUGAUGAUUUCUCGGGCCGGAGUUGUCUUAAUGAGGAUUACCAAAAGAGGUGCAUGAGUCGACUCGCCAACCGUCUUUGUAUAGUCCGUUCGCACAGUCAGAAUCGAGUCAUUCUACAAAUGUGAAACGCAUUUUUGGCUGCUGAAGUCUGGAAAAAGAAAAAUGCAGGGAAAGUGAACCGCCUAACUCGGGAGAUGCGUCUCCAUUUUGCUAAAAAAUUCAGCUUAUUGAAUUUUGAAAUCGCAUUUGGUCAGUUAAAGUUCUGAUUCUUGCACAGAUUGGUAUCUGCAUUGUGCCAAAUAUUUGACUUGUGGGCAGUUUAGUUUUGAGCAGUUCACUGCCAUUUCUGAAGACUUUCAGAAGAAACAAACUUUCAUUUAUUCGUAUUCUUCGUCCUCGUCCAAUUUUUUCGGACAGUAAUUCUGCGUAAACCCGGGAAUGUGAUCGAGUGACAGUUGAAAAUGCAUCUGAAUUUCGGAUUUUUUUUCAUUUGGAAUGAUCGCUUUGAUUAAUAUUCGCGGAAGAGUGACA